AUGCCAUCUUCUCGUUCUCUUCUCUCUUUUUCUUUCUUUAUUUUUUCUUUCUUUAUUUUCCUUCCAUUAUUUGUUUCUUUUCCUUUCUUUCUUUUUCUUUCUUUCUUUCUUUCUCAAUUUUUUCUUUCUUUCUUUAUUUUUCUUCCGUUAUUUGUUUCUUUUCCUUUCUUUCUUUCUUUCUUUUUCUUUCUUUCUUUCUUUCUUUAUUUAUUUCUUUUGCUUUCUUUAUUUGUUUCUUUUCCUUCCUUCCUUCCUUCCUUCCUUCCUUCCUUUGCUUCUUUGCUUUUUUCUUUCUUUUCCUUUCUUUCUUUCUUUCUUUCUUUGUUUACUUGUUUCUUUCCUUUCAUUUCUUUCUUCCUCCUUUUCUUUCUUUCUUUUCCUUUCUUAAAUUCUCUUCCUUUCUUUCUUUCUUUUUUUGUUUCCUUGUUUCUUUCCUUUCAUUUCUUUCUUCCUAGUUUUCUUUCUUUUCCUUUCUUUCUUUCAUUCUUUCUUUCUUUCUUUUUCUUUCUUAAAUUAUUUUCCUUUCUUUCUUUCUUUCUUUCUUUUCACUCAUACUUUAUUUUUUCUACUCUCCUUAUAUCCACAAGUUUGAAAGUCUUCAGAAGUAAUUCUUUCCUUUUCACUUCGCCAAUCCCCUUUCACGAAUUUUCUUUCUCUCAUUUUUAUACUGCGACCUUCUUUCGCCGAUUUUUUUUUACCACUCAUUCCUCGCCAUUUCUUUCCUUCUCCUCUGUGGCCAUUGCAAAAACCGUGUGA